CAAACAAUCUCUUUCGCUUCCACUUGCCCAUUUUCGCAGAGCUCCUCUCCCAAAGCCCUAGCACUCCACCACCAUACACAGGCACAAUGAAGUACAAUCCUAGGGUUUCUUCUUCACGGCGCAAGAACCGGAAGGCCCACUUCACGGCCCCUUCUUCCGUUCGUCGGAUUCUCAUGAGCGCACCUCUUUCAACUGACCUUCGCCAGAAGUACAACGUACGAUCUAUGCCUGUCCGCAAGGACGACGAAGUGCAGGUGGUGCGUGGGACAUACAAGGGACGCGAGGGAAAGGUCGUCCAGGUCUACCGCCGUAAGUGGGUUAUUCACAUUGAGCGCAUCACCAGGGAGAAGGUGAAUGGCUCCACCGUCAACGUUGGAAUCAACCCUUCCAAGGUUGUCAUCACCAAGCUCCGACUUGACAAGGAUCGCAAGUCUCUGCUUGACCGCAAGGCCAAGGGUCGCGCCGCCGCCGACAAGGACAAGGGCACCAAGUUCACAGCUGAGGAUAUUAUGCAGACCGUUGAUUAAUUUUGAAACCUUUUAAGUGGUGAAGUUUGUCAUUUCUAAAUAUUCAAUGAUAGGAUGCUUGCUGUUCUAAGAGUUUUUUUGAUAUUACUGUUAUUAUUGUUAGUGGUAUGUUUACUUUAUGUGAACCUGGGUUUUUUGGCGAUCUUUAAUCCUAUUUUUCCUCAGCUUCUGAUAA